UAAAACAGGAGUUCAACCAUACCGUCGCGUUGGAGAAGACGUCUAGGAUAGCAGAAAUUAAUAGGAUGGGACUAGGAGAGAAAGGGAGAUGGGUCAAGGUACACUCAGACUUUCAUCACUCACUGUAGAUGGAUGAUUUCCCGGCUGGGCAUCCGGGAGCCCAGCUCGCUAUAGGGAGACGUCAGUGCUCUCAGGUCCCGGGUGGAAGAACCCCCGGCCCCUCCCGCGCAGGCUUCCUUUAUAUAAAGUCCGGGGUCUCGUGGAGUCUGCAGCAGUGGCACUCCGAAGCAGCGGCGGCAGAGCUCCUUGGAACCGUCCUCUUGUCGCUGCUCCGCCUCCGCCGGGACAGCGCACCGUCAGCCUAGCCUAGAGCUCCGAGGGUUUCCCGUCGGGACGAUGCGAGGCUCCGAGCUCCCGCUCUUGCUGUUGGCACUGGUUCUUUGCCAGGCGCCCCGGGGACCAGCUGCCCCAGUGUCGACAGGAGCAGGCGGAGGCAAUGUCCUGGCCAAGAUGUACCCGCGUGGCAGCCACUGGGCUGUGGGACACUUAAUGGGGAAAAAGAGCGCAGAUGAAUUCCCGUCCCUGUACGCAGUUCACGUAGAGGGCCUGAAGGAGCAGCUGGGGGAACACAUCCGCUGGGAAGAAGCCGCAAGGAAUUUGCUGGACCUCCUGGAGGCCUUGGGAGACAGAAGCCGUCAGCCACCUCAGCAUCUGCCUCUGGGCAGUCUCCAGUCUACUUGGGAUCCUGAGGAUGGCAGCUACUUUAGUGAUGGUCAAAACGCAAAGUUGGUAGACUCUCUGCUCCAGGUCCUUCGAGGGAAGGAAGGAACCACCAGCUGAAGGGUCAAGGCCAAGGACAGAUUCCGGGGAGCAAAAUAAAACCCUUCAGAGACUGUGUUCUGCAAACAUCAAUUCUACUGGACCAUCAGCAAGACUUUCUUUUUGCAAUUUACUUAACUAUUGUUGUGUCUUUCAACCAUGACUAAGCUCAUGACUUCCAAGCAGCAUCUUCUGUUUUGAACUUGUUUCUGUGAGCGGUCGCCUAGAGUGAGCUUUCCGAUGGACGCUUUUUCCAGCUAGGCUUUUCCGUUGAUUGGAUCUGGGGCUCCAAUCUGCUACCCAUUCACAAUAAAAGCUUACUUUAAUCACG